AUGGCGGCCUCCCAAGUGCUUCAAGCGUUCGUGAAGAGGCAGCAGAAGCGCGAAUCAGACGCAAUAACCUCUGUAGUCCACAAGGAGGAGGUGGAGGUGUGCGUUAAGAGCGAGAUGGUGCUGGGAAGCAAGCGCGAAUUUUUCAAUGGUUUUACCACUGAUAGAGACGGCGCCAAAUACCACGAGCAAUCGUACCCGAGCCGCUUCGCGAUGAUUCCCAAUCUUGGACCACCGCCAGCAACCGACAUCCAGCAGGCAGCAGGGGCUCACGGCCGGUAUCAUCUUUCUACUUCUGAGAAGCACCAAGUUCCUCUGACAGCGGACUGGGGACGAGUCCUGCCGCUGGAGGGAACGACCGGCGUGGAUGACGGAAGUCGUUUGCAGCCUGUCAGAAAGGGAACAGAAUUGGGACUUAGCCUCAGUCUCCCGGAACCAGAGCCAGAUUCGUCAAGGCCAGGGCCAAGUUCGGAGUGCAACCGUCACCAGCAGCAGAGAAAGCGCCAAAGGCUCGUUUUCGAACAGCCUCCAGUGGCGCCUCCCCCGCUCGGCAGCGACAAAGCGGACCGUUUUCUGCCGGAGGUAACUGCUCCCCUGCCGGCGGCCGUCAGCCCUGCAGUGACGGCGCAGAAGGAUAUCGCGUUGCUCAUGCUCGGUUCUUGGCUGGUCGAGCGACUGCAAGAAGCCCAGAAGCGGGCGGAGAGCGAGAGUAAGCGAGUGGCGCAUCUGGAGCGGCAGGUGGCGCUGAUGCUGCGCGAGAUGGGGGAGGCGCAGCGCCUGGUGGCGGGGCUGUCGCGCAAAAACGCGGAGCUGCAGGGGGAAAUGGCGCAGCUGAUGCUGGCGCACAUGGUUGUGGGGCUGGCGGAAGCAGGAGCCGGGGGGCUGGAGCUAGGAAACCGGGGUCAAGGGGGAGGAGAAGCUGGCGGGAUGGAAGAGGGGAGAGGGGACAGCGAGGAGGUAAUUCAGCCGUCCAGCCGGCAGACGUAG